AUGAACUUGUCUACAUCACCCAUCGAAAAUGACUCUCUGACAGCUAUCCUGCCAGUUCUUCCACAUUCUUUUGAAGGUCUCGAAGCUUUGUUGUCCCCGUUUCUCGUUCCUUCGGACACCGUUCGAGAAGUCUUCUUGGUCUGCCCACAAACAAUCCUUUCAGAUGCUCGACGGUUACUCAAGAAGAUCCUGUCAUACAAUGACGCCGUUGACCACCCUAAUAUCUCACUGUUACCCUACACAAGCUCUUCGUUCUACAACAGUACACUUACAAGUGCCGUGUUUCGAGUUAGAACGGAAUGGGUUCUUGUUCUCGACAGCCAUGGCUUGCGAGGCCUCAGCAGUGGACAGCAGGCCUAUUUACUCAGUCCACUAUCCAUUACCCUGCCAGUCGGACCUAAUGGCUUCCUCCGAUUUCCUGCCAAUUUCAGUCGUAUACUUGCGACUAGCGAUUUCGAGCCUGCCGAAUAUCUUAUCCCUCCCUUCGUGGCACCCACCUAUCUAUUCCCUCACAUUUUUUCGCAUCUCGCCGAUUCUGAUCCUUGGCUUGCUUUUGGCGUGCACGUUGCGAAGACUCAUCUCGAGAAGAUAGGAGGGUUGGUUCUUCCAUCCGAUAUCAGCAACCUCCAAUGUUGCGCACAAAACUUUCACCUUCUAUCCCUCGAAACAACUCAGAUAGAGCACAACCAGACAGGGAUUCUAUCAGCGGAUAACAACAGUCGCACGCAAAAACGGCCGACAUCAGCUUUGGGUCAUCUCGUUCUGGCAGUUCCUCAUUUAGAAGAUCUCCGUGCUUUCAUGCCUGUUGUCUGCAGACUCCAGUCGGUUGGUCAUACUAUAUCGGUCUUGCUGUACCAGGCGUCAUCGAGCGAUACCAUCUAUUGUUCUUCUGAGGGCUGCGCUCUUCAGUGCUCAACCCUUUCUCACACGGUUCCGACCUUGCAUAGUUGGCUGGAUUCUCUGGAUGCUUCACCCGAUGUUAUCUUCGCUUUGGAUAUUCAGGAUUUUUUAUCUGCUACGUUCACGAUGGUUCUUCUACACGAGCCCUACCGUAAAACCACGUUCAUUCGAUUGCCUCGAGCUGACAUACCACACUCAGAGUGGAUCGGUUCACUCACCCUUCGUGAACUUCGCAACUGGAAUGUACCCGAAAUCACUAUUAGCGUCAUAACCGAUCAUAGACCUCACUCUUUGCAUCGGCUGCUGACGUCCUUGACCCGUGCUCGGUACUUCGGAGAAAGAAUCGGACUGCGUAUCAAUCUGGAGCAGACUGCCGACUUCGAAACCUUGAGGGUCAUACAAGAUUUCGAAUGGCCGCAUGGCGACGUCUUUGUCCACCGCAGAGUCAUACAUGGCGGUCUCCUCCCUGCUGUCGUCGAGUCUUGGUACCCAAAUUCCAACGAUUCUUAUGGCUUACUUUUCGAGGAUGACAUCGAGGUGUCUCCCUUGUUCUUUGCGUGGGUCAAGAUGACUGUCUUGCGAUACCGAUAUGGUGGACCCGAAAAUAUCUCUCCGUCUGUGUUUGGCGUCAGUCUUUAUCAGCAAAAAAUGAUCGAACUCAGACCAGAAGGUCGGAGAUCCUUCGAUGCUAGGGCGCUUUUCACCACCGAUGGCAUCCUGAACCCUAGCACCCCAUACUUGUCCCAGAUACCCUGUAGCUGGGGCGCAGUCUACUUUCCAGAACACUGGCGCGAGUUUCAUGACUACCUCUCGAUCCGCCUCUCCGAGUACUCUAUGAAAAUACAAGAGAAUGUCAUUCCCGACAUCCGCUCCAACAAGUGGGUCAAGUCGUGGAAGAAAUACUUCAUUGAGCUCGUCUAUCUUCGUGGCUAUGUCAUGCUAUACCCGAACUACGCCAACUUCACAUCACUAUCGACUAAUCACCUCGAGAUUGGCUCCCAUGUCAAAGACCAGCCAGAGGAAGAGUACCUUCGCAAGAAAGCGUUGUUCAUGCUUCCCUUAAUGCCGUUGACGAAUGCCUCACUACCACUUUUCCUCGGUCUGCUUGACCUGCCAGAGCAGAAACUUCCUUCCUUAUCUUCCUUGCCUGUUCUAGAUCUCAUGGGAAAGCUUUGUUUGGCAUCAAAACUCUUGGAACGAGGCACCAAGCGUCGGACGGAGCUUACUGGCUGCAGUGCUACCAUCUCUUUGACUUACGACGCUCGUGAGCUGAUGUGUCUUGAGGAGUUCACUUGA